AUGCAAAAUCAGUCUUUGGAACGGAGUGCAGUCGGGUAGGCGGUGUCUGUCUUCAACUCUUCGCAAAUUCCACGCCCCAACUCUCCCCUCCUUCCAUCUUCUUCUUCUCAGAUUCCACUACACCCGUACAUAUACAUACAUAUACUUGCAUAACAUUGAGAGAGUCAUUUAUACAAACAGUUGGUCGACUUGAUCAUCAAUUAAUUGGAAAAAAUUGGGUGAAUUUUCAUAGAGAAGAGAGAGAGGGUGUAACAAUGUUGUAUGAUAUGAAUUCUUCUUAUCAAUUCUCUUGAUUUGACUACUGUUUUAUUGAAUUUUUGGUUGUUCGAAUUAGCCGGUUGCCUGGUGCUUGUGAAGUGAAAGAUUCGAUCAGUUGGAUCUGUUGCUCGAGGUGUUUAUCUGUGUUGGGUGAAGAUUUUUAAUGGGUUGUGCUUAAAUUAAGCAACUUUUAACUUGAAUUAAAGAAGAGCAAAAUGUCUUGGAAGAGCAGAGGAGUUGAGUCAACUACGAAGAAUGUCGUUUCAAGAAAAUUCACUCUUUUUCUGUGUAUUGGAUGCUUCUGUGCUGGAAUGCUAUUCACCGACAGGAUGUGGACACUGCCAGAAGCUAAAGAUACGUCGAGGCCAACAGAAGUUACAGAUGAUAAGCUUAAGUUGGUUUCAGAUGGAUGCAAUCCAAGACUGAAGGAUGUAAAAGGAGGACCCAAAGAUGUAUUAGGUGAAGUUUCAAAGACGCAUGAUGCGAUACAGACCCUGGAUAAAACUAUUUCAAAUUUGGAGAUGGAAUUAGCUGCGGCCAGGGCUGUGCAAGAUUCCUUACUUAGUGGUUCCCCCAUAUCUGAAGACGUCAAGAUUCCGGCAUUGGUCAAGAAAAGAAAAUAUUUGAUGGUAGUAGGUAUAAACACUGCUUUUAGCAGCCGAAAGAGGCGAGAUUCUGUCCGUGCUACUUGGAUGCCUCAAGGUGAUAAACGCAAAAAGCUUGAGGAAGAAAAGGGCAUUAUAAUUCGCUUUGUGAUUGGACACAGUGCAACAUCAGGUGGCAUUCUUGAUAGAGCUAUUGAAGCAGAAGAUAGGAAACACGGAGACCUUUUGAGACUGGAACAUGUUGAGGGAUACCUGGAACUAUCUGCCAAGACAAAGGCCUAUUUUACUACUGCGGUUGCUCUUUGGGAUGCGGAUUUCUAUGUCAAAGUUGAUGAUGAUGUACACGUAAAUAUAGCAACAUUAGGAGCAACUCUAGCUCGGCAUCGCUCGAAACCAAGGGUGUAUAUUGGAUGCAUGAAAUCUGGUCCUGUUCUUGCUCAAAAGGGUGUAAGAUAUCAUGAACCGGAGUAUUGGAAAUUUGGCGAGCAUGGAAAUAAAUAUUUUCGUCAUGCUACAGGGCAGUUAUAUGCCAUUUCAAAAGAUUUGGCUACUUAUGUAUCAAUAAACCAGCACCUUCUGCACAAGUACGCAAAUGAAGAUGUUUCGCUGGGAUCUUGGUUCAUCGGAUUGGAUGUGGAGCAUAUAGAUGACAGGAGAUUAUGUUGUGGAACACCCCCUGAUUGCGAGUGGAAGGCUCAGGCAGGCAACAUCUGUGUUGCUUCCUUCGACUGGAGCUGCAGUGGAAUUUGCAAUUCUGCCGAUAGAAUUAAGGAGGUUCACAGAAGAUGCGGCGAAGGUGAGAAAACUCUGUGGAAUGCAAUUUUCUGAUCAGCAUCAAAUUUCUUCAAUCUCUGGAAUUCAAGGACUAUUUGGCUUUAGAGCACUUUAUGGUUGUGGAGUGCAAAUGCACCUUUCUGUCCCACCCUUGGAAGUCUGUUCUGUACACGACAUUUCAGAGAUUUGCACGUUGUACUCACUUGUAAUGUAUAUGUGAUAUUAAGAUGGAGAUAGAGGUUGCAGUCGAAAUCUGCUCAAUUGUAACAAAGGAGAAAUAUUAUUGUAGCAACCUUACUAGGAGCAAUGUAAAAAUGUUCUUGCUAUGCUGUAAGAGCCUUUUUCUGGAUCAUUAUGGCUUUAGUGGAACUCAUAAUAAGUUUGUAUUCUUGAGCAA